AUGACCGGUGCACCAGCGGAUAGCUCUAAGCAGCCAGUAACUGUCAAAGCACAGAAACGGCGCGCACAAGUCAAGGAUGUGCCUGAAGCUUCCGGCGCAAAUGAGUCGAAUGUCCGGCAAGGAGCCCAACGGCCCGCAAAGAUACAGAAAACAGAUGAAGGCGAGGAAGACAGCAGAACGAGGAGAGCGCGCCUGGUAAGAGUCGCUCAAGAAACAAAGGGCAUCAUUCCGACGAUAUUGACGGUGACGCCUGGCGCUCCGCCCGAUGGGUACAAAUAUUCGCUCGAUAAAUUGCCCCAGUUGGAUCAGAAGAACUGCCCCAAUGUCCGCACAUUGGUCAAAGUUGUGGAAGGAGACACCUUCAACACCGCGAUCAACCUUGCCAACGCCGCCCAGUUCCUCGAUCAUGAGGACACCGAGCCUGUCUGUGUCUUGAACAUGGCGAACGCGGAUCAUAUCGGAGGCGGUUGGGAACAUGGAGCAAUGGCCCAAGAAGAGGAGCUCUGUUUCCGCAGUAGCCUCAGCUUCACACUCAAAAAGCAGUUCUAUCCCAUCGGUAGCCUUAGUGCUAUCUAUUCACCGACCGUCGUUGUUUUUCGGGAAGACACGCGAAGACGACAUCGCUGGAUGGACUUGGGCAAACCUGAGUGGCUCCCCAUAGUCGGUGUUGUCAGCAUAGCAGCAGAGGUGGCACCGCCUGUCGUGAUCGAUGAUUCCAAGAAAUAUCGGUAUGCGAAUGCGGAGGAUCGAGAUUUGAUCAAGGGUAAGAUGCGCCUUGUCCUGCGCAUUGCUGGGACCCAUGGUCAUCGGAGGCUCGUUCUGGGCGCCUUGGGUUGUGGCGCGUUCAUGAAUCCCAAGCAUGACGUCGCGGAUUGCUGGUUGCAAGUCAUGAAGGAGAAGGAAUUCAAAGGAUGGUUUGAAGCAAUUGUAUUCGGCAUUGUGGAUCCCGGUCAUAGAACAGGGAAUUUGAGUAUCUUUCGAGAAUGUCUCGAUGGAGUGAAGUUGUAA